AUGGAUCUUGGUAAACUUCCAACACACCCAGACUAUCUUAUCGAGGUAAGCCAUGUAUUGCCCCCAACGACACCGGAAGCCGCGGAAAACUUUCGGCGUCAAGUCCUCGCCAACAACCUGCCAGUGCUCACGUUUCGGGAUGUGUUCGCCGAGCGCGGGUUUGCGGCCAUCAUCGCCUUGAUGUGGCGCGGAAUGACGACCGAGGAACCGCAGCAGGUGGUGGUCGACCUGAGUUUCCGCGAAAUCCGACAGCAUUUGGAGGCGGCGCACCAGCGGGUUGAAUGGGCCGAGAGACAAAAACUUACUCUGCUCAACCAUUUCAAGGCGUUGCUGCAGGAAAGCCAGCCGCAUUUGGAUGCGAACCGGGUCGCGCAGUUGGAGGGCUUCAUCGGACAGAUGGACGCAGGGCCGCUAGCGCCGGUGCCUGGACUAAACCAACAAAAUCUCCCGCCUGCGGCCGGCCGUCGCCCCAUGAUUCGUAGGCGCUUUGUGCUUCCACCUGGUGCUCAAGCGCCUCAAGAAAACGACACAGAUGCUCCGCAAUCGUGCGUAUAUGGGAUUGAAAAGUACAUGGUGGACCUGAGCGUGGACCAUUUCUAUCGACAACUUGACGAACACCUGGUCAGAAAAGUGGACAGCCCCGCUGUUGCCGCGCAGGAAAUUGCGCGCUUGGAGGGAUACUCCGAAGUCGUUCGCCAACUCGACCCAUUUGCGGAGCGGGCUGCCAAUCGUUGUACCAUUGCGGAAAGUGAAGCACAACCUGGCGAAAGACCGGAACUGGACCGGCUGGAGAAAAUUGGUACUUGGGCAACGUCCCGC